AUGGGCCGGCAUAAACCCACUCUUGUCCUCCAGCCACAAGCUUUCCGCAAAGAUGCCCGAGCAAAGCAAGCUAAAGCUAUUAUCAACAAGUCUAUACCUGCCCUGUUAGUAUCAGAUGCACGAGCUCGAAGAGGUAUUGAGAGUGCGGAGUUGAUCUCAGACCCUCCCCCGAACGAGGGUGGAGCGGGCUCUCAAAGCCCUAGCGAGACCACACAGUUUAAUAUCAGCAUUCAUACCGUUGACACGAUUACUGCGGCACUUCGUCUCCAAAUGAAUUCUCCAAAGGCUACAGUUGGAGUCUUGAACAUGGCCUCCCCGCUUCGGCCAGGGGGCGGUGUUUUGAACGGCGCUACAUCGCAGGAAGAGUUCCUUUGUGUGCGUACCACAUUAUACCCUUCGUUGCACGAAUCCUUUUACCGACUCCCUGAACUUGGUGGUGUGUGGACCCCAGAUGUGCUGAUCUUUCGAGACGGCACUUUUGAAGGGAAUAAUUUAGUAAAAGGGGAAAGAAAGUAUAUAGGGGUUGUGAGUUCGGCCAUGCUCAGGUUUCCAGAAGUCGAAGAACAUGGCUCAUGCUAUUCAAACUCUUCUGAGGGGGAAAUGGCUGAAAGGAAAAUGAGAGCGGUCAUGAGAAUAUUCCAAGCAAAAAACAUCGACAGUGUUGUUCUGGGCGCGUGGGGUUGCGGAGCAUAUGGCAAUCCUGUUAAAGAGAUAGCAAAGGCAUGGAAAAAGGUAUUACAAAAUGACUGGGGAAAGAAUCCUAAGGACAGGAGGAACCUUGAUAGAGAAACGUGGGGGGGCAUCCGGCAAGUGAUAUUCGCUAUCAAUGAUAUCAACAUUGCUAAGGAGUUUGCCAAAUAUUUUGGGCGGGAGCUCGUCAUGGAAAAUGUAACAGAUGAAGGAAUUGAUGAGCGUAGGAGUGACCAGAAUGUGCAGGCCAUAGAUGAGUUAAAGAGUCGGAUCGAAGGCUUGGAGGCACAGAUCCCUAAUAUUAGGGCGGAUUUAUUGCGGCACCGUUUGCACGAUGUAUUGGUAGGGUUGAAGCUGCAGUUAGCAGGCAGGAUGGCACUAUGUGAGUCUAGCAAUCUCAACAAGAGCUAG